CCCUUUUUCGGACUAUGCUGGCUGAAAGCUGGUGGGACAGAAAGUUUUAUUCAGUCUCAUUCGUAAAGAGUCAGUUAGAGUUCAUCCAGGGCCAAGAUGGAUGUGUGAAGGAGCUCAUACGUUUGGUGAAGUACUGGGCGCACAAGAAACUUCCUGGGAAUCUCCACCACUCCUACCCGCUAGAGUUGAUCACAAUCUUCCGAUGGCAACGGGGCGGGAAACAGAAGAGCUUCAGUUUGGCCAUGGGGCUUAAAAGUGUUCUCCUCAUGCUGACAACACUACGAGGGAUACGGACCUACUGGAAGGGACAUUACAGCAAGGCAUUUGCUAACCAGGUGAUCGAUAAACUGUACACCACUCGUCCCGUCAUGCUAGACCCCAUUAAUCCUACGAGCAACGUCUUCGAGAUUUACCACAACGAUGACAACUUGGAAGUCAUUAACGCUGCUGCUUGGAAGACACUCCGGUCAGAUCUCCUAAAGGGUGUGGUCCUUCGUCGUCGGCAAAGAUGGUGCCGCUAGAAAAACGGAAUCGGACUUCAUUAAAGGGAAUAUACAUUUGCUUUAGUGCUGUAAUUGUCAG